AUGCGCGAGCUCGUCCACGUCCAGGGUGGCCAGUGCGGCAACCAGAUCGGUGCCAAGUUCUGGGAGGUAAUUGCCGACGAGCACGGCAUUGACCCCACAGGCACCUACCAUGGAGACUCCGACCUCCAGCUCGAGCGCAUCAACGUCUACUUCAACGAGGCUACUGGCGGACGCUACGUUCCCCGCGCGGUCCUGAUGGACCUUGAGCCAGGAACCAUGGACUCCGUCCGAGCCGGGCCUUUUGGUCAGCUCUUCCGUCCUGACAACUUCGUCUUCGGGCAGACAGGAGCUGGCAACAACUGGGCCAAGGGUCACUACACCGAAGGUGCAGAACUCAUUGACUCGGUGCUCGAUGUUGUGCGCAAGGAGGCCGAAGGCUGCGACUGCCUCCAGGGCUUUCAGCUCUGCCACUCGCUCGGUGGAGGCACCGGCGCUGGCAUGGGCACUCUGCUCAUUUCCAAGGUGCGUGAGGAGUACCCGGACCGCAUCAUGGAGACCUUCUCGGUGAUCCCGUCGCCCAAGGUCUCCGACACGGUGGUGGAGCCGUACAAUGCCGUCCUGAGCUUUCACCAGCUCGUGGAGAACUCCGACGAGUCCUUCCUGCUGGACAACGAAGCGCUCUACGACAUCUGCUUCCGGACGCUGAAGCUGACGACGCCAACGUACGGCGACUUGAACCAUCUGGUCUCGGCGGCCAUGAGCGGCGUCACAUGCUGCCUGCGCUUCCCGGGACAGCUGAACUGCGACCUGCGCAAGAUCGCUGUGAACCUGGUACCCUUCCCGCGCUUGCACUUCUUCAUGACUGGCUUCGCGCCUUUGACCUCCCGUGGGUCGCAGCAGUACCGGGCCCUGACCGUCCCUGAGUUGACCCAGCAGAUGUUCGACGCCAAGAACAUGAUGUGUGCUGCCGACCCCCGCCACGGGCGAUACCUCACUGCCGCAGCACUCUUCCGCGGUCGUAUGUCCACGAAGGAGGUGGACGAACAGAUGUUGAAUGUGCAGAACAAGAACUCCUCCUACUUCGUGGAGUGGAUCCCAAACAACAUCAAGGCGUCUGUCUGCGAUAUCCCACCGAAAGGUCUUAAGAUGGCGGUCGCCUUCGCCGGCAACUCGACGGCCAUCCAGGAGAUGUUCAAGAGGGUGGCAGAGUACUUCACUGCGAUGUUCCGCCGCAAAGCCUUCCUUCACUGGUACACGGGUGAAGGCAUGGAUGAGAUGGAAUUCACCGAGGCAGAGUCGAACAUGAACGACCUGGUGUCGGAGUACCAGCAGUACCAGGAUGCCACAGCUGAGGAGGAAGGUGAGUUUGAUGAGGAGGAGGGCGAGUACGAUGGAUAA